UCUUGAGGAGCUUUCUCUCAAGGGUUAUUUUGUGGAAGAAAUAUGCCAACAUCAAGAAACGAAUGCUUUGCAAGAACCUGAUGGGCCACUCCUGCAUGUGAGAGCACUGCAAUUAAUGUCUCUUCGUAACUUAAGGCAUCUGUUUGAGAAUGCAGAAAAUGUCAAGCCAGGCAAGGCAUUCCAAAAUAUAGAAGCCCUUAGUGUGUACCGCUGUCGAAGGUUAAACAAGUUAGUUCCAUUCUUAGAGGCUUUCAGGAAUAUGAAAGAUCUGAGAGUAUCAUCUUGCAAUGUAAUGACAAAUUUGUUGUCUUCCUCGACUGCCAAAAGUCUGGUUCAGUUGACACGAAUGAGCAUCGAUGAUUGUAAACAAAUAAGGGAAAUAGCAGCAUGCAAGGAAGGUGAAACAGAGGAUGAGUUUGCUUUCGCCCGAUUGAGGAUUGUAGUUCUUCACAAUUUGCCUAGUCUCGGGAGCUUCUACUCUGUGAAUGCAGAUAUGUUCAAAUCGGUUGGAAAACGGUGGAUGGAUAGAAUUGAAUAUGAUUGUGUUCCCAGAAAACAGAUUUGGGAAGGUGAUAUUAAUUCGACAGUCCAAAAGAUUUGGGAGGAUUAUUCAAACUCAAGAGGUGACUCGUCCAUCGAAAAG